AUGCCAGAAAAAAUCCGGGCCAAAUCUUCUAGGUCUAAGGCCACAGGUCGACCCAAAGCGACAGCUCACCAGGUCAAAGCCCGAAAAGCUACAGCUCGUGGCAAUCUCCACAAGAAUACAAAACCACUUAGCACAGCCAAAGAACCUCAAGCCGAGGAAGAGUCCAAAUCCGAAGGCGAAGAGGAAGAAGAAAGUGAAGCAAAAGCGCACAAUCAACCCGAAAACCGCUUCACGAAAACAACCUGGAGCAAAGGCAAGAAAGCGCAAAAGAGAGCAGAACGCAACGCCGAGGGAAAGAAUGCCAAGCGUGAGAAGAAGAUCAAAGCCGAAGCCGAGGACGCAAGGGUAAGAGAGCAGAAGCUCAAAGAAGAAGCUGAGGAAGCCAGAGCAAAAUCACAAGCCUACGCGCAUCAGCAACGAAUGUCUGCCAAGAAACGCUAUGAACAGUGGGCGUCAGCUUGUACCGAUUUCUUCGCCGAUCCUCAUGCUUCCGCGAGGAAGUUCCCAAUCCCAAAGAACUUGAAGUUCUGCACAAAAUUUGUCUGCAUCAAAGGCGAGAAAUUGGGCUGGCUGAAGAAGGAGAGGCUGAGGUGGCAUCCGGAUAAGUUUCCUGGCCGUGAAGAGGUGAAGGAGUUGGCGCAGGAGAUGUUCCAGAUGUUCCAGAGACUGAUUGAUGGGGAUAACAUCAAGGUUGGGCCAUCAAUGGGUCGCUGA